CAUAUCGGCUUACAAAAACCAACAGUGAACGAGCACAUGUACUUCAAUCGAAAAGGCUACCAUAGUAUCAACGCUAUGAUAAUAUGUGAUCACACUUACAAAAUUUUGGCAAUUAACUGUCAAUACGGUGGUGCAGCCCACGACUCAUUUGUUUGGAAACACUCGGACCAGAGAAGAGUUUUGGAAGAACGAUUUCAGCACAACAGGAAUGAAAAUUCAUGGCUUUUAGGGGAUUCUGGCUACCCAUUGGAACCAUGGUGCAUAACUCCUUACAGAAACGCUUCGAAUGAUGCAAGUGAAGCUAUGUUUAAUGAAAUUCAUUCCAAGGCAAGAUGUAUCGUCGAACGAACUAUCGGAAUUUUAAAAGGCCGCUGCAGAAUUUUAGGAUAUGGCAAGAGAGGAAGGUACCAUCCGACAAAAGUGGCAAGGUCGUUAGCAAAUCAGUCAGCAUUACACAACGUCUGCAUAAAAUUUAAAAUAAAUUAUGAUCCUCAGAAUUGCGAUUCUGACCAAACAACGGAUAUCGACACCGGGGUAGCGAACCGCCUCACCGCAAUCGGCCAAACAAUAAGAGAUCAAAUAAAGCACUCUUUAAUAAAUUGA